CCUUAAAGAGAACACUUUUCUUGUUUGUUCUUUAUAUUGAAGCUAUAAGUUUUUUCGUUUUGGUGAAUAUGGAGAUCGAGUCUGUGAGAUGUGAGUGUUGUGGAUUGAUGGAAGAUUGCACACAAGACUACAUUAGUGAAGUCAAAUCUAACUUCGACAACAAAUGGCUCUGUGGUCUCUGCUCAGAAGCUGUGAGAGACGAAGUGAGUCGCCGGAAGAUGACUACUGUUGAUGAAGCUGUUAGGGCCCAUAUGUCGUUUUGUGGGAAGUUUAAAGAUAACCCGGCAGUUCUUGUGGCCGACGGUAUGAGGCAGAUGUUACGGAGGAGAUCCGGCGACUUGACUUCCUCCGCUUCCAAGAAAUUUGGCAGAUCUAACUCCACCAAGUUGUACUAGUUAAUGAUCUUUUUUCUUGUUUUGUUAAUUAAUUAUAUGUAUAAUAUUUGAUGCCUUUUGUUUUUGUUUAAUGUCAUAAAUGAUGGUCGGUGAUGCUAUAACUGAUCAAUUGCUUAUAUCCCGUUUUGUCAGUUUAGUUCAUCUAACAAUUUGCCUAAAAAGAUCAAUGAGGCA